AUGACGGCGAUGCGUGUUAAAAAUCUAGUAAGCGAACAAUGGGGCCACGCCACAAUCUAUACGGACAGUUCGAGAAUGUCACAGAAACAGGAACUAAGCUCCUUGUAUAAGAGGUCUUUGUCGCAAUUACUGCAAAUGAUACCAGAGACAACAACAGUAACUGAAGAAGAUACAAUGCCUGUUGAAGAGUAUACACAACCAAGCUUAUCAUACAUGUCUUCAUCUCUGUUUGCGACUAUAUUGGAAGACACUAUUAUUCAAAUUCGAAUACUUGACGAAUGCAACAGUGAAUUACGUAUAAUAAAAACGCUGGCUGAUAUCAAACUGCUUCGAGCCCUGAAGUUUGGAAUAGCGCAGCCCAAAACUGCAGAUGAACUAGAAAAUAUUGAUCCAAAGAAUUUGGAAUGCGAAAAUUACAAAAUAUAUAAGCUUGAUUCUGACAGGAGAAAUAUCAUUAACGCCAUUACCGAUUUGUAUGUGGAGAUGACGCUUAACAAAAAUUACAAGACGUUAACAUCGUUUUUAAACAGCAUUUUCGACAAAGAACACUAUCGGAUUGCUUUAGCCGAGAAUGAAGCGAAGAACAAACUUGAGAGACGUGAACUCACUAAACAAAUAAGGCAGCUGCGUAAUCACAUCAAAACGGUUUUGUACGACAAUGAAGUUACUAUUGAUAGUUUGAAAAGUCAGGUUGAAGAUUCUGUACUGGAUUCGGAAUGCUCAAGCCGUUACGUGGAUAAUUGGCAAGUCGCUAGAACCGAACAACACCUAGAGGUUAUUAAUGAAGCGGAAAAUUCUUGUAUUGAAACAAUCGAACAAUACAAGCUCAAGAUCGAACACGAGCAAAGAAUACAUUCUGAAGUUGAACUAUUAACCAAUAUAACCAUAAAUGAAACUUUGGAAAAAAUUGAAAAAUGGAUGAGUAAGUACGAUCGAGACAUGGAAGGCAUCGACAUAGACAUGCAGAGGAAAAAGAAUCACUACCAGGAUAUGCGUGACAAACGAAUUAAUUUCGAAAAUACGAUUGAAAAACAUGAUCUACUAAUGAAACAAUGGAUUCAUUUCAAAGAAGAACGCGAAAAGGCUCGUAUUUACCGCGAGAACAUGACAAAGUCUGCUAUAAUUGUACAAGCGUGGUGGCGUGGCUUGCUUGUAAGACGCCGUUUAGGCCCUUACAGAGUAGGCAGAAAGAGGAGGGGACGCAAGAAGAAAUAA